AUGGUCCGGACAACGAUUGCAUGUGCACGGUGCCGGUAUGCGAGCUAUGUCCGUGAGAACAUCCAAAUUAUCGAUGGGCCGGACAUCUACACCGCGCAAACACUUGUUGUCAUGUCCGUCUACGAGUGGAGUACCGCCAACGCCUACCGAGGGUGGAUGUUCAGCGGGAUGGCAGCUCGGAUGAUGCACUCAAUCUUGGUUUUGGUCAAGCCCGGUCAGCUUACUGCGAUUGAGCGUGAAGUCCACAGCCGUAGCAUCUGGAGCUGCUAUGUCUUGGACAGAUUGAUUUUCUGCGGCCGGUCUGUUCCAUUCGAUCUGGCGGCAUAUGGGCUGCAGCGCCUGCAGAUUGACUGGCCCAUUGGUGAGCAGGACUUUGCCUUUGCUCAACAGUCUAGCGACCAUCGCCAUGCAAACGACGAGAGAGAGCAUCUUCUCGAGGGAAUGAAGGGCGAUAUCGAUCACUACUAUGAUGUUCUCGUCAGGGGCUUCGAUAUCUGGGCGAGAAUACUCAAUUGGGUCUUGGCUGGAGGACGGCGGCUUCCUGGAAUGUCGGAUCCUGAGAACUGCCCUUGGCUAAAGACUUCAGCCUGGGGGAUGAUGUACGAUGAGAUAUCGAGGUGGAGAGAGGCCCAGGACGUGCGGUUGCGGUAUCCGGAAACGGGUGUUGAGGGUCAUGCCGUCUUGGGUCAAGCAGAGGCGUUUGCCUACGUGAAUCUCAUCUACUACAUAUGCGAUCCGCCUUUCUUGCCGAGCGAAGCACCACCAGGCUACUGGAAUGAUAUAGUCGGUCAAAUGAGCGACUCAGCUGUCCAGAUUGUGAAGCUCUUAGAAGACCUCGAACAAGCCGACGCCUCUCUUCUCACACCAUUUGCUGGGUAUUGCAGUUUCUCUGCCGCUACAAUCAACAUCUACAUCAACUGCUAUCCUAGAUAUAACCUGGGACGAAGCCCCGACUCCGCGGCGACUCUCGCAGUGAACAUGGCCUUUCUCGACCGCCUGCGAAAAGUCUUACCCAUGGGCGAGGGCUGGUGGACCACGAUCUGGCACUGCCAGACACUCUAUCAGCGCGCCAGCCAGAACCACAACAGCUUCCGGGGCAAGACUCGAUUUGACUUCAUAGCCUUGGAGAAGUCGAUGCAGGACUGCGGUGCCAACCCCCCGACGGAGACGGACUACCUGCUGCAGACUGCCGACAAGCCAACGGCUGACCCAACGCCCGACCACGUCACCGAGGCGGCAAUCAGCCUGCAGGAGCUGUCUGGCUCUCACGCUCCAGCUUCGCAAGACAUCUUGAGCCCUGGAGGACCCUGGACCAAUGAAUGGAACCAGAUGUGGCCGCUGUGGGGGGAGAACCAGCAUGUCCCCUUUGCAUUGGAGGGGAUCCCAUUUGAUUACAACAUGAACAUUCUAGACGCUUAG